ACAAAGCGUACAUAAGAGAAGAACAUCUCUAACGGAGAUGGAUGGAGAGAUGGAGAGAUACAGCAAGACAGAAAAGGAAAGUGACUCUAUAGGUACAGUCUAUAGUUUCACCAGUGGGAGGAUCCUUUGCACAGGAUGCCGGCUAGAUUAUGGGUACAACUGCGCCUAUUUCUGCCGUGAAGCAGUAAUGAGUAAGCAUUACUAUGUUUCGGUCUGAAGGGCGCCGUACCUAGUGAAAUUACUGGGCAAAUGAGACUUAACGAGCACAGUUGUAGUGCCGCUCAGAAUAUUUGGGGUUUUUCAAGAAUCCUGAGCGUCACUGCAUUGUAAUGGGCUUUGCCUAUCAAUUACCAUAAUCUCUCGUCCCUUAUUUUCAUUAAAAAAAACAAGUUACAGUAACCCAUUUUGAUUGACAGCCAGACACGCUUGAAAUUAGCUCCUUAGUAUUUCGAAUACUAUUCUGGCUUUUCAACUUUCACCUGCAACCAAGCUGUCGAAUGGGCUUCCUUGUGCGGUGUUUCCGGACGAUACGACAUGGGCACCUUCAAAAAGAUCGCGUUCACCUUCCCUAAAAGCCGGUAACCCUCCUGUGAUUCCUCUGAUGUUGCAAGAGAAUGUGAGCGGCACUGACCACUGAUAAUCAGGUGGGGUCAUACGCUCGUUUGUCAUCAUCUUCGAUAUAAAAAAGAAAUAGUUACCUACUAUUUAAGGCACACACUGACAAAUUAACAUUGAUCACGCAAUUUUGGACUGUCAGGUUGUCUCUACGCUAGUAUAUUGGUUUCCAUGUUUAGUAACAUAAAACCUUAUUUAAGUAACUUAGAAUCUUACAGAUAUGUGCUUUUGUCUCCUGUCACCUCGUCUUAUCAAUCACUCUUACAAGACGAGCAGGACGCUCAGCUGAUGGUAAUUGAUACGCCCUGCCUAUUACAAUGCACUGCCGCUCAAGAUUAUUGAAAAAUAAGAUGUCAAGUCACAUAAGAUGUCAAGUCUCAUUUGCCCAGUAAAUUCACUAGCUACGGCGUCCUUCAGACGAAACACAGUAAUGUUAACACAUCACUGCUUCACAGCAGAUAUAGGCGCCGUUGUGGUACCCAUAAUCUAGCUGGCUUCCUGUGUAUAGGAGCCUCCCUCUGGUAAAUGGUGACUUCAUAGGUUUGAUAGAAUAUUAGCCGCCCACCACCCACGCAAAAUAGGCAUCCGGUAGACGUCGAGUUGCUGAUAAUAGCCUUAGAAUAUACUAUCGUAAAGACAACCUGACAGCGUCAUAAUGCGUGACCAAUUUUGAUUUGUCAGUGGUAAGGAGCUAAUGCUAGAUGUGGCUGAAUAGAACCUGCAAUCCGUUGCCUUGUCAAACUACUCCUUAUACUAACGAUUGCGAACCCAUUUCCGUUUGGAUGAUGACAAGGCAUGGUACCAGACACCCCGAGGAAAAAGAGAUUCAUCAAAUGAGACAGGUUAUUAGAGUCAAGAAGCAGAUAUUAAACGCGCACAUGGAAGGUAGAGGGGAGUUAUGUGCACAGGAUAUAGAAAAUCUCUACAAGUGGGAAUGGAGAAACGCAUUAGAUCUUACGCCCUCUGAGCUAACACCUGAAGGCUUUGUCCAGCUGCGAAGCCUGGCAAGUAGACUAGAAGAGAGAUACUAUAAAUUACUAAAGAGUCUAGAUGAGUAUCAGAUGAGAGCGUCGCAUGAGGAGAGGACCCAGAUGAGCGCGAGCGCCUUUCUCCAAGGCUUGAGGAAGACCAGACAAUAUUUCAAAAUAUCUACUUCCUUUCCAAACGACUUAACAACCAGACCUUACCGGUAUUGCAGGAAACGCUAUGAAGACAUUCUGAUCGGACCAAAAAUCCCAAAAGAGAUCAACGAGUACAUAAACACGGAGGAUUUUAAACGAGUGCAAUCUUCGGUGCAGAACAGAACGGGUCUUCUGGAGCCUCUGACGCCGAAGCAAAUCCUGUCUCUGUACGACGUGUGUCGUUACUACCGCAGUUACACUGUCCUAUUGCAGGAUCCCUGGUGUGCUAUAUUUACUAAUCAAGAUCUUAAACACUUAGAGUUCGUUGAAGAUAUACGCCAUUACUACAGGAAUGGUCACGGUCAGCCAAUGAAUGCAAAAUUGGGAGGUUCAAGCCUCAAAGAUCUUUACAAUAAGUUCGUGAGAGCAAAGAAGGGAGUGAAAUCCUUCUCCGUAUUCUUCUCCCACGACACUCUUCUCGGCAUGAUGUACGCAGCCCUUGGUCUAUAUAAGGACGACCCAGAAAUAACUGGCAACAAACGAGCGGAAGAUAGAAAAUGGAGAACGUCAUACCUGACUCCAUACGCAGCUAACUUCAUAGCUAUUUUGAACAAAUGCAAGAACCCCACAGGCAGUACCUACAAAGUUCAGUUCUUUGUCAAUGAAAAGGAGUUAGAGGUGUGCGAGGGAGGUCCAUGCAAUUGGAUACAAUUUGUUGAUAAAUUUAAAAACUUUACCCACAGUAAUUUAGAUUUCUGUCAAAACGUCUCAAAUAAACAAUUUUAAUAGUAGUAAACUCAGAUCCUCGUCUAGACAUAAGUUCUGAAAUAGCCUUAACACAUGAUCGUGUUUGAUACGGCCGAAACAUCAGACGCGGUCUAGUUGAGUCGCAUUGUCCAUCGCUAAAAUUCCAAUCGCCAAUCCAUCUGGACCGUACCGAGUACGACCCUGGACCAUUUGGUGCGAGAAGCCCACCGGACUGUCUGAUGGUGCGCUGUACCAAAUCCGAUUAUGGCAUCAUCAUAGAUAACCUGAUUCCUGCCGCCAAAUUCCACCUUCGCACGACACGCCACAAGUUAGGAUAUCAUCCCCACCAUCUGGAUGUGUGGCGGUCCGGUACAGUACGGUUUUCAAGGAGCUUUCUUCCUCGUACUACAACGCUGUGGAAUGAGCUUCCUUGUGCGGUGUUUCCGGGACGAUACGACAUGGGUACCUUCAAAAAAAGCGCGUACACCUUCCUUAAAGGCCGGCAACGCUCUUGUGAUUCCUCUGGUGUUGCAAGAGAAUGUGGGCGGCGGUGAUCACUUAACGCCAGGUGACCCGUACGCUCGUUUGUCCUCCUAUUCCAUAAAAAAAAGAAGAUAAUUAAAGAAAUUGAAUCAAUGGACCCUCCACCAAACACGUAGCGCACUGAUUCGAUCCGAACCGAUCGCCGACUCAAACUCUCAAAGCAAAGCGUUCUCAGAGGUUGUUACCAGCCUAGCGAAACUCUCUAAGAAAAAAGCACUUGUAUAAAACGUGCAGUCAUUGAUAGAUUGACAGAUGACGGCUAUAAUCUUGUAAAAAACUGAGACAGCCGAAAUCCACUACGUUCUAAGCAACUGUUCGCUUUCAAACUUAACCGUAUUAUACUUUGUCACCUAUAAUCGUCAUAUAAUCGUCGUAAAAUCUCACUGCACGUUUCAUCCUAAACUAAAUUAAAAUUUUUAGUAAGGUGGUACUGCCUCUUAUUACGUAGUAUUUACCUACAAUUUGGUAGUUACGCUAGGGGCUGGGUGUGAUAACAGUGUAAACGACAGUGUCAAUAUACAUCUGACGUUAGUGACAGCUGAUGCUUCGUUCACUCUUAUCAAACGCGCCGUCAUACACAAUAAUUUCUAUGUUUGUUAGUUUCAUGUUAAAAACAUUCAUAUUAAAUAUUUAUUUUUUUACAAAACUACAUUUACUCUUUGAAGUUAUACUUCUUUUGGCGCGAUGGAGAAAAAUGAUGAGAGUGAAUUUUUACGAUGCGCGCGCACACCGACACCUUAAUUUUACAUCGUGAAGUUAGUUCUAGGUGGCAUGAAAAUCGAUAACUAUGUUCUAGUUGUAUAUUCUAGUAUUUUUAUAUUUAGAACAGGUGUUUCGUAACAGUAUAGUUAAACAGUGUGAAUAAAUUAAUAUUAUUUUGGUGUUUUUAUUAAAUCAAUUUCAUAUACGUCGGUGAUAGUAUUUACUUAUAAUUUGUGAUAAAACUGUUUU